AGCCAGAAGAAGUCAGCUCUUUAUUAGCCUGGGCUGCCUGAUCGGGCUCAGACGGAGAGAGAGAGAGAGAAAGAGAGAGAGGAGAGAGGGAGCGAUGGCAACGAAAAAGGCGUGCGUGGAUGCGCCCAAGAGGAGCCGGAGUCCGGUCGUGCUGGAGGCUGAGAUGUUCCGAGAAUUUCAGGACUGGUGUCUCCGAACUUACGGGGACUCCGGCAAGACAAAGACCGUCACCCGGCGAAAAUACAACAAAAUCAUGCAAACACUGUUGCAGAACGACGAGCCGGACGGGGUGUACGUGGACAACAGCCACAUCAACGCCAAAUUCAAAUUUUGGGUGAAGUCCAAAGGCUUCCAGGUCGGAACCAACGUUCUGGGGGAGCACAACAAGAAGGGAGCGCCGGGGAAGCCCGUCCUUUACGUCCCGGUCAAGUCAACGUGUUCAGAUGGCAAUUCGGCCCAGGACAACUCCUCCCUGAAGCGGGUCGCCGUUGUCGAGGACUUCUUUGACAUCAUCUAUGCCAUGCAUGUGGAGAUGGGCGCCGACCCGGGCCGAGCACCCAAACACGCAGGGCAGAAGAAAACCUACAAAGCGAUAGCGGAGACCUAUGCCUUCCUGCCCAGAGAGGCGGUGACUCGGUUCCUAAUGAGCUGCGGAGAGUGCCAGAAGAGGAUGCACAUUAACCCCAGCACUGCAGAGUUCAAAGAAAACGACCGACCCACCUCGCUGGUCCCCGACCUCAUCGACUACAACAUGCCUCUUACUGCCACCUACCUGAAGCAGAUGAAACUGCAGUGCAUGACAGCCACUGAGAGGGAUGACAGUUCGGUGUGCAGCGAGGACAUGAACAACGCUGAGCCCGCUUGGGUCGCAGCGGAGCAGCCAGCAGUGCCUGAACCGAGCCCACCCAACGGGGAGCGGGUCAGCAACCCGGCCGCCAUUGUCAAAGAGGAGGACGAUGAUGACUCCUCGGAGAGCGGCAGCGCCAACGGGCUGCCGGCCCUGACCUCGCCGGAGGCGCUGGCUGCGGGUGCGAACCCUCAAGAUGGCGCGGCUUCAUACAGGGAGGUGGCAGAGAACGGGCUGAGCGCGCCGCUGGACUUCAGCACCACCUCGUCCUCGUCGUCCUCCGAGGAUCAGCAGCCGGUGAAUCUGAGCGACAGACUGCUGCCGGCCGGGAGCUCGCCGCCGAACAGCUACGCAGCAGAACCCAACAAGAAGUUCCCCAUCAAAACAGAGUUCUCCAACAAGUCGCCUCCUUACAGCUCAGGGAGUUAUGACUUGGUGAAAACAGAGCUGAGCAUGAGCGCUGAGGACUUGACCUCCAGUCGGGCGCAAAUAAUCGACGACGAUGACGACGAUCACGACGACCAUGACGACAACGAUAGGAUCAAUGACGCCGAGGGGAUGGAUCCUGAGAGACUCAAAGCCUUCAAUAUGUUUGUGCGUCUGUUUGUGGAUGAGAAUCUGGACCGCAUGGUGCCCAUCUCCAAGCAACCCAAGGAGAAGAUCCAGGCCAUCAUCGAGUCCUGCAGCCGCCAGUUCCCGGAGUUCCAGGAGCGCUCCCGCAAGCGCAUCCGCACCUACCUCAAAUCCUGCCGCCGCAUGAAAAAAGGCGGCUUCGAGCAGAUCCGUCCUACGCCCCCUCACCUCACCUCUGCCAUGGCUGAGAACAUCCUCGCUGCCGCCUGUGAGAGCGAAACCCGAAAUGCUGCCAAGAGGAUGCGGCUCGACGUCUACCAACCGACGGACGAGACCGCCUCUGUUGACAAACCCGUCACAAGGGAUGCAGCUCCUGUGGCGCCGUCAGGGUUCACUAUUGCCAGCGCAGCUUUUGCCCAAGACCAACUUUACACCAACGGAGGCCUCAACUACAACCUGCGGGGAUACGGGACAGUCGGCAGCACCCAGCAGAGCUCCAGUGCUGCACAGACCAAUGGUCCCACAGAUCUGAGCAUGAAGUCCGUCGGCCCAAACUCCUCUUCAUCCUCCUCGUCCUCCUCCGCCUCCAACAGUCACGGUCAGGGUGGCGGCGGCGGCGGGGCGUCCGCCCAGCUCAGCCCUCCAGAGGUGACGGCGGUGAGGCAGCUAAUCGCCGGGUACCGGGAGUCCGCGGCCUUCCUGCUCCGCUCGGCGGACGAGCUGGAGAACCUGAUCCUGCAGCAGAACUGAGUCCAAACCAAACCGUGCCAACGCCCUCCCCCCCUCAGCCUGUCCUCCUCUGUGUCUCUCACAUCCUGGCAGACUUUCACACACAAAGACACGAUCCGACAUGAGCGAUACCGCAGUGCAUCGUGGGUAACAUAGGCAUGGAACCUCCACUUGUUCCCACACGGCUAUGUUCUGAAACAUAUCACGGGCUGAAACAUGACGAUUUAUGCAUUUGGUUGACCUUAGUGCCCUGCUUUGUGUAGCCAUCCCAUCAACUUCAUCACACCAGUGGAAACCUCCAUUUGUCUCAGGAAGCGAUGAUCAGAAAAAACAAAAACAAAAAAAAAACGAUGUGUACUGAUGAGGUGUUACAUUAGUUUAACCCCAAAACCAUCAAAUUAGCGAAUCAGCACCGUUAUUUCUGGUAUUAAACCUGAAAACGUGUGCAGGUUUAAUCGGGUUUUAUCCUCUCACUUUAACACCGUGUUAACCUCAACAGCUGCUGAUUUUACAACAUACGCCAAAAAAAUGUAAUAAAAAUACAAGAACGAACGAAGGGAUUAACCUAAACACAGUGACAAAAAAGAAGAUCUGACAGAUUUGUAAGAAUGUCUUUAGCUAGGUUGAUUUUACUUUCAGUUUAUUUUUGUGUAAAACUCUAUGGCAGGCUGUUAGUUGUCAUGAGUGAAAAGGCAGAAAAAUUUUAGAAAACGUGGGUCAGAAAUCCAUCCUGAUGAAUUAGAAAGUCCUUGAAUUGGUUAUUUAUUCCAGUAUUUCAAUUCAAAGUGAAACUCUUGUCUUAUUUAUAAUGAUGCGUUAAUGUUUCUGAUAAUUCUCAAACAAAUGCGGUUUUUCCUUCCACUCAACUUUCCAUAAAUGCAUAACUACAGCGCUCCAUGAAUAUAUAAUAUUCAAAUGUUCUGAGAAAGAGAUUUCUUUAUUAUAUACACUUAUAGUGAGUCCCUCCAGGAUUUUAUUGUGACUUUUUUGUGAUUGUUGUGGCCAAAAAUGACAGAUUUUCCAAAUUUAAACUUAACAUGGUCUUACAAAAACAUUUAGAUUGCAGCACAUAACCUUCCCUCAAAGAAUGGAUUUUAACAUAGUUAACAUUUAAAGUGCAAACAGGACUAUCAAGUAGCUUUUUAAUGGAAAGUUUGGUGAAAGAAAAAAGUUUGAGAGCAUUCUUGAGAUAAAAAUAUUGGAUUUUGUGCAUCCAUCACAUUGAUAAAUGCUUAAAAUAUAUACAAAAUAUAUACAUGGAUGGGUAAUUAAUCUCUGAGUUUCACAAUUUAAAUUCAACUAGUGGAAUAAACAAACUUUUCAGCGAUAUUAUUAUUAUAAUAAUUAUAAUUAUUAACUGAGAUGCACCUCUACUUGUCAGGGAGAAAAAGAUUAAUAUAAUAUUUAGACUGUUUGGUUGGGAACCAGUGCUAGUGGGAAGUAAAAGAAAAAGGUGCAAUAUGGAGUUAAUUUGUUUUUAAAGUGAAGGAGUUUCACCUCAGCCGUCUUUUGCUCCAACAGUCGAGUUUGUAAAAAGAAGAGAUAUCUAAUGCAGCAUUGUAGCCAAUAUCAAUGUUGUUGUUCGUCGUCAGUGCUGACCUCAUGACUGAGGCGCCAUCAGUCGUUCUUGCUGUGACAGAAAGGACCUGGCAGAAAAACGAGACUCGAUGUUGCACGUCUCGUUUUACUUUUGCGUGUUUUGAAGCGUUUUCUAUAGAUUUCUUUUGUAAAAAAGGCACACAGAGUGAAGCUUAGACGCGUGUGCUACUGACAGGCGGCACACGCUCCUCUUCCUUCUCCUCCUUCUCGUCCACCUCCCUCCGUCGUCCCGUCUGUCCCCACGACCUCGGCGGCGUCCCCGGGUUCCUCUAUGCGUCCUGACACGCUGUUCGACAAGAAACAAGAGACAAUCUGGAGAAGAUGUGAUCGCAUCGCAGUUUACUCUCCCGGCUUUCUGCUACGGUGUGUGUUUGUUCAGAGUGUCAGAGCACAGACGAACAUCUCCUACUGGUGAGUCACUCAGCACAAAAACAGAUUGUCUGUGUGUGUGUGUGUGUUUUCCAGUUGUCUUAAUGUUGUGCUGAUUUCGUGCUUGCAGAGUGGAAGUGGAGUGGCCCAGUUUGUACAACCUGUGAAGAUUUAAUUCAGUCGGCUGAAACAUUCCUAACAGAAGCUGCGUUUCCAUUACAAAUGUGCGUGAAUCUUCCACUAAUGUCACAAAAUACUCAAUUUCGCAACUGCUGUGUUUCCAUGAUGCAAUAAGCCAUUGAUGCAAACAGUUAAAUGAGAUAUAUUUCUGAUUCAGUCGCCAAUCAGAGGAGACGCCUGCAUUUCAUUCAGGGGUUGGCGCGACAAGCUCCGCCUUCAUGGGAAUCGGCUACAUAUGCACCAUUUUGGGGUUUUCACAGAUAAACUAUGGAUUUAACACGUUAGAUGAUACACAACUUUUCAUGCUGUGAGAGCUCUGGUGGAGCCAGCUGCAGAUUGCCUGACAAAAACAAACAAAAACACCAUCAUCCUAAUACCACUUCCUGUUGACUUCUUUGUUGUUUCUGCUAGUAGUAACAUUUAGCGGCUCAUCAUAUGACUCAUGUGAUGACUAAAACGUUUCUCAUUGCAGUUUUUUUUUAAAAUACAUCUAUUUUGAUAUAAAAAACAACCAGAUACUAGUACAAGAACGUUUUAUUAAAAAACAGGAGAAUUUUUUCAAGUUGGCGUGUUUCUAUUAAACAAAUUUUAAUUUGUGCAACGCUAUAUCAAUGGACUCGCCCGUGGUGCUACCAACUGCACUCAUUACAAAUGAGCACAUAACAUUGUCAAUAUUCUGCUAAUAUAAAAAAAUAAAACAUUUCAAUUGGGAUUUUUUCCUUCAAUAAGAAAUGCAAUUAAAAUCACCCAUAAAUAAAUUUGUUCAUGCAAUGAAUCAUUAAAAAACAUGGCAUGUCAUCAUCCUCCAGCUACUUCCUGUCUUCUUCUUCUUCUUCUUUCUGCCAGUAGUAACAUCUUAUUAUUGAUCAUGUAACUUGAUUGUGUCUAUUGCAGAUAAACCAAUUUCGCUACUGCUAUAAAACCGCCAGUUUUUUUAAGACUUGCCAUGUUUCCUUUAAGCAAAUUUAUUUUCAUAAUUUGAAUUUGCACAAUUUUAUUGUUAAUGGAAACGCAGCUACUGACUCUUCGAGCGGCCACAAAGCGGCUUGCACCUUAUCGAUUAGUCUUGAGAUGAUAGGAAAUAUAUUUCUGUAUCUUUAAAACUUUUCACACGUGUUUUUCAUCCAUCUGGUUUCCAAGUUGGACAUGCAUGACCUAACGGUUCUUUUAUUUGUCUUAUGACUGGGCCGAGCAACAUUCCCAUUUAUUUUCUAUCAUAUAUUUCAAAUUUGGAAGCACUUUAUAGCUCAGGAUUAGGAAAAUUUAAGAUGGUGGCUUCGGCGUGUCAAUACCUCAUUUGAGAUCUCAGCUUCAGUCCACACACAAAUAUAGCAAACAUGUCCUUCUCCGUCCAUGUCCUGUCUGAGGGGUGUUUCAAAACAGAGGCUCAGACCUAAACUCUGCAUUCAAAAAUGCCUGCAACAUUUAUUUGCAAUAGAAAUGAAAAAUCUAUUGUUUGUUCAAAUGCAAAGUUUCUGUGAUGUAAAAUGAGAUGAGAAAUAAUCAAGGUAUCAGUCAGGAGAAGGCUUCCAAAUGCAUUAGAUAUAUGUGGGCUAUAAUCAAUUUGAACGUUUAAUCAAAUUUUUGGUUUUUGAAGAUUUAAUUUUUGGAAAAUCUAGAUUUUGUUUCACCAAUGCACUCUGGCUUUCCAUAGUUUAAACGGUGGCCAUCUUGUUUUACAAGAGUGUUUUACAGUUUCCAUUUAUUUUUGAUGUUGAAUUCAGGUCAACUCUAUGAUGGAAGCUAAGAUUUUUUUCUCUAUUAUGAUAAAAAAGACAUAAAACUACAAAGUUGAAAUAAUAUGAGAAUAAUGCCUCAAUACUAUCUGAAUACAUUUGUAAUUUUAGGAGAAUGAAGUACUAAUUUUAUGAGAACCCCAACAAAUAAAUAUCUGAAGAAAACCAAUGCACAUAAUACAUUUAUAAUAAAUGUCUACCUUUCAGUUCUAGCGCUUUAAAAAUCAGGACAUUAUAAAAAUGAUCUCAUUUAAAUCUUGACAUUGUCUAUAAACAUACACAACGGAUUCCUUAUUAGAUGUGCCAUUACUUAUUAAAAACUGAAGUGAAACCAUAUAUGGAGGAACCAUAUAAGCACACCAUUUGUCGCAUGGACAUUGUUCUGUGAUUUGCAAACAUCAGUCAAGCUACCUAAAAAGUUAGUUGUGCUGAGCCCAAACCACUAAACAUUAGUUCUGCUAAAGCUAGUUUUUUCCUUCAGUUCCUGUUGUUUCCUUCAGUAGUUCUUGGUGCAGCGCCCCCACAGGUGAGGGGUGGAACAGCCUUUUCAAUUAGAUUCUUUGACACAGUGCAGUGUGAAAGCAAACUGCAACAACUGAAAAUGUAAUAAAUGUUGCAGUUUUUGUCCUUAUAUGAACCAAACCUACUGGACUAUAAGGUGCCAUUUAUAAAUAGGAAUUUGCAUAAAUAUUUAGCUAUAAACCAAAUAUUUAACUAAAUAUUUAGCAGUAAGCUAAAUAUUUGCUUUAUAGGUAAAAGCUAAAUAUUUAGCUUAUUGAAAACAUUUAUUUUCAAACUAAAUAUUCAGAUUGCUAUCUGUUUAGGUUGCUAGGUAAGUAAAUAUGUAGCUAUAAAUAGCUAUAAAUGUUUAGUUUGAAAAAUAUUUACCUUACCACUAAAAAUUUAGUUUGCAAAAUAAAUAUAUAAUGUGGUGUUAAAUAUUUUGUUUUCAAACUAAAUGUCUAUUAGUUUUUAAGCUAAAUAUUUAGUUUGAAAUCUAAAUGUUUAGGUUACUAAUUUGAAAGCUAAAAAUAUAUUUUGUAAACUAAAUUUAGUUUCUGAAUGAAAUACUUAAUUUGGAAUGAUGACAUUUAUAAAUGUAUGAAUAAAAUGACUUUGAAAACUGAAAUAAAUUGCUGUUUAUUUUUUACAGUGUAAUUUUACUGUACAAAAACAGCUUCAGUUUUUCAGUUAAGCUUCAUUAUUAUUUAAUCAAUGACAAUGUGAGAUCUGUUGUGUGUUUUUCUACACAAUUUAGGUUUAAUAUUGAUCUAAUCUGGUAAAUAUCUGACCAUUUUUACCGUCUUCAGAACUGAAUUUUUUCCGCCUCCUCUGGUAUUUUUGCGACACCCCUCUGGACGCAACCGCAGACGAGCGCUCACACGUCUUCCACGUCCCCCGUCCUGUUUGUUAGCGUAGCAGAACCUCUCCUCCUCUCCCCCUGCAGCUCAGCGCCAGGCUGAGGCCCGUCCAUCCAAACCAAACCCCCGCCUGCAGAUCGGCUCCCCGCGCCCUCUGACCCCCCGCUGAGCAAACACGUUUAGCUGUGUGCUGAAGUUACUGUGACCAACAGCGAAAAAAACUUGUCGUCAUGUUGUUGUUUUGUUAUAUUUCCCAACGACGCCCAAUGAUUUUUUGCUCUUUGUAUUGACUUGACAAUGUAAUCUAUUGGUGUUGACUAAAAUGCCCUGGUAGCUUGUGGAUUGCUAAAGUGGUCAGAUAAAUGUACUGUAUAGCUGUACAAAGAGUGAUAAAAGAUGUUUUGAACCUUUUGUUUUUCUGUGGGUACAGCACUGUUAAAAAAAUCAAAGUGGUUUUAGCCCUUGCCUGUUUUAACUUAUCAUUUUGUGAUGGUCUGUAUAACUUCUAUUGUUAUUUAUAUUAUUUGAGUUGUUGCCUCUCCUGCACUGGUAAGAGACUGUAGCUCUGUGCAGGGGUUCGUACUGUAAACCUGUGUGAAGCUUUGUAUUUUCCCUUUCUGGUUUUGGACUCAGUGAAAGUGUGAUGUUUACAUGUACAGUUUUUGAGAAUAUUUUGCGUUUUUUGUUUGUUUUUUGCAUCUUAUUCUUUCCCCCCCUCUCUCUCUCGCCCGCUCCUCUCAUCUAUCCUCCCCUCGCCCUGAUCUGUGUUCAUUCGCUUAGAGAGUUUUUGCUUUCCGUUGUUUCACUGCGUCGUGACUUCUCCGACGACUCGGUCAGAGUGAGCCGUGCACGACGGCGAUGUGGUGGCUUCCAGCAUUUAAAAUGGUGAUAUUUAAGAGAAAAAAAAACACAAGGGGGAGUUUCACAACUUCUCAAAGUGGACCAGCAAAGAUUUAUUAAGGAUUAAGAUGACUUUAACAGUUUUUAACCCUGUUGUGGCCUAAACAGAGUGAGCAGAGAACGGUGGGAUGUCGGUACAUUUAUUAUUCUACUAUAAGUGCUCGUAUUGACUUAGUAUCCUGGCGUGUUGUCGGGGAAAAACUCCUCGUUCUUAAUCCGACUGGUGCCCUGAAAGGUUCACUUUGACUUGUUGUAACAUCUCCUGGUAACAUGAAAGCCAUUCCCCUCUUCUGGCCUUUAAAGGGGAACUCAUAAACCUCAGGAAAUACUGAUUCUCCAACUUUAGUUUUAUCCGCUACUUUCUUCUAAAAUGAGAGUUAAGUCUCUAAACUUAAAAAAAAAAAAAAAAAAACCAUUAACAUUUAUAUGAGAUGUCUAUUGUUUUGUACAUUUAUCAUUGUGAUUUAAAGGUGGAGCUUUUUCCAGUACCUGUGACUGAAUAUUUUGGGUUUUUCUUUUUGAGUGUUUAUUGGUAUUGAUAUUUAUUAAUAUAUGUGAAACUACAAAAAGAAAAAAAAGAGAAAAGAAAAGGUUGAACCUUUUUUUCAUUGGUAUGUUUCAUGCAAAACUGUCCAGGUGAGAUUUUCUCUGCCUCUUACAUAUCACUAACGAGGGACCUGUGUUCGUUUGGAAAUAGCGCUUUUUUUCAGUGUUGCAUCAACGCUAUGAAAAACUAAAAACUAAAAAAAAAAAAAAAAUGGAUAAAAAUGAAAAAAAAGUGAGAAAAAAACAGGAAGCAAAACACUGGUUUACCAACUGCAGGAGCUGCGAAGCUCUCCUCUUCUCCUGAGAUGUCAGUAAUUGAAUAAAACAGUGCGAUGAGCUAUCAAACUGA